CUCUCUCUCUCUCUCUCUCUCUUCCUCCCUCGCUCCCUCCUGUCUGAGCUCCUGCUCUCUCCCUCUCCCUCCUCUCCCGUGCUCUCUCCCUCCCUCCUCCCUCCCUCUCUCGCCCUCCUCCUCCCAGCUCUCCCUCUCCUCUCUUGCUAUAGAGGGCUCCAAGAGCAGUUCCCAGCCAGUGUGUUCAGCCUGCCUGCCUGCCUUCCUCUGUGUGUGUGUGAGCGCGUGUGCGUGCGUCUACUUUGUACUGUGAAGAACACAGCCCAUGUGCUCUGCAUGGACGUUACUGAUACUCUGUUUAGCUUGAUUUUCGACAAGCAGGCAAGAUGUCCAGCACGCCACAUGACCCCUUCUAUUCUUCUCCUUUCGGCCCAUUUUAUAGGAGACAUACACCAUACAUGGUACAGCCAGAGUACCGAAUCUAUGAGAUGAACAAGAGACUGCAGUCUCGCACAGAGGAUAGCGACAACCUCUGGUGGGAUGCGUUUGCCACUGAGUUUUUUGAAGAUGACGCCACAUUAACCCUUUCAUUUUGUUUGGAAGAUGGACCAAAGCGAUACACUAUCGGCAGGACCCUCAUCCCCCGUUACUUUAGCACUGUAUUUGAAGGAGGGGUGACUGACCUGUAUUACAUUCUCAAACACUCGAAAGAGUCGUACCACAACUCAUCCAUAACGGUGGACUGUGACCAGUGCGCUAUGGUCACCCAACACGGGAAGCCCAUGUUUACCAAGGUGUGUACAGAAGGCAGACUGAUCUUGGAGUUCACCUUUGAUGAUCUUAUGAGAAUAAAAACAUGGCACUUUACCAUUAGACAAUACAGAGAAUUAGUCCCAAGAAGCAUUCUAGCCAUGCAUGCACAAGAUCCUCAGGUCCUGGAUCAGCUGUCGAAAAACAUCACCAGGAUGGGGCUGACAAAUUUCACUCUCAACUACCUCAGGUUGUGUGUAAUACUGGAGCCAAUGCAGGAACUGAUGUCGAGACAUAAAACUUACAACCUCAGUCCACGAGACUGCCUGAAGACCUGCUUGUUUCAGAAGUGGCAGCGGAUGGUGGCGCCGCCAGCAGAACCCACAAGGCAACCGACAACCAAACGGCGAAAAAGGAAAAACUCCACCAGCAGCACUUCCAACAGCAGUGCUGGGACCAAUGCAAACAGUACUGGCAGCAAGAAGAAGACACCGGCCGCAAACCUGAAUCUGUCCAGUCAGGUACCUAUUGCUAGCAUUGCUCGUUCUCCGGUGUCAGGCUGCGCACUAAGGACAUAAACUCGCGUGGUUGUUACACAUCAGGAGGCGAUGUUUAUUUCCUGUAGAAAUCAAAUAUGCAUCUCGGCCCCCCAACAUUGAGACUUGACCCCGGUGUACAGUACACGAGCGUGUCUGUCCUAGAUCCCCCAGCUCCUCCCACUAGUGUUUUAAGCUGAGCUUCUCUCUCCCAAGGUUUCCCUGUAAUAAUGUCAGCUGCUGUUCACAGGAUGUGAUGGUGGUAGGAGAGCCAACUCUGAUGGGAGGUGAGUUUGGGGACGAGGACGAAAGACUAAUCACUAGAUUAGAAAACACGCAAUAUGAUGCGGCCAACGGCAUGGACGACGAGGAAGACUUCAACAAUUCACCCGCCCUGGGGAACAGCAGCCCGUGGAACAGUAAACCUCCUGCCACUCAAGAGGCCAAAUCAGAAAACCCCCCGCCCCAGGCUUCCCAGUAAGAUUGACGGGCGCCACAAUCCACUGUCCAGAGGCCCGUGGGUUACACACUCCCUCUUUCAGAUCCUUACUUAUAGGAGAGCAAGGAGGAGGCAUUGUACUUUCCCACGCAAAUACCUGUUUCUAAACCACAGUGAUCUGAGUUUCUUUGUUUUGCUUUGUUUCAUUUCAUUUUAUUUUUUUUCUAAUUGAGAGGAUCAUUCUAAAUAAAUUCCAUGACCCUUCCCGGGAGGCCUUCGCAGGUAACACACGUACUGGCACUGAUCGUAAUUAAAACAAGAGCGAACGCUCGCGCUUCUCCUGGCAUGGUGUUAACCACAGGUUUGUUCAUUUCCUUUCCCUGCAUCAAAUGAAGGCCAUAUUGUCCAUAAGCCCUCAGUGCUCAGGAUCUCAUUAUAUGCCGAACCUAACUACAGAUGACUUUUUAAUAUUGUAAAAUAUUUUCUGCUUUUCAACUUGCAUCUAAGAGUUUCUUGUUUCAGUAAAAAAAGAAAAGAAAAAAAAUCAGCUUUUGGAAAGUCAUUUAAAUGUACCUCUUUUUUGUUUCCUUCACUUCUUCUUUCGUUGGGUAACAGCUAAGAGGGACCAGCAGGGUAAUUUAUGGGCGAGCUGAUGUCAAUUGGUUCUCCAGCCCCAGUUGGUUCAAUUGAGCCUGAGUGCUGAAACAAGAAAUGUCUUUUUGUUAUCAAAGACGCCGAGGCAGAUUUUUGUGUAAAGAAAUGCGCUUGGCCCCUUGAGAAUUUAUGCAUUUAUAAAAUUGCUGUUGAUCCAAAUAUUUUCAAGCCAUGUAAUCCAUUAUUUUUGUGGGCAGUUUAAUAAAUCUGAAACCCUUUGUGUUUUUUAUUGUAUCUGAGUUGACUGUUGUUUCUUUUCAUCGUAUAUUUCUUGUAUGAUAUUUUGUAAAGCCCUCAUCUGGUUCUUUUAUGGGGAUUUUUCUUUGGGGGCAAUACCAGUGUAUUUAUGUGAAACUUUAUAAGAGAACUAAUUUUUCCAUUUGCAUAUUAAUAUGUUCCUCUACACAUGUAAAGACACAGUGGCUCCGUGUGUUAUAAAACAGCUGUAUUUUAUGUAUGCUUUACUGAUAAGUGUGCCAAUAAUAAACUGUGUUAA